AUGGCCGCCAGAAACACUGGUCUCCCAAUCCACACCCGCCAUUUCCGCCCUAGAGAGGAGCGCACCAUCAUUUUCAAGGUCGCCGGAGGCGACUUCUACCACGUACCCGUGUCCCAGGUUGGGAAGAUCUGCCCUGAGCUCGAGGCCAUUACCAAUCGCGCCGUUGAGAAUGGAAAAGUAAGGGACCAUGUCUUCGACGUGCCCCGAGAGCUAGAGGGCCACUGGAAGAACUGGUGGCUCAUCAACGACUACAUUGUCCGAGGCAAGACACCCACAACGCACGCAGGCCGCGAGCUCUAUACCUUCGAGCCGCUCUCCUCCUUCCUGACCGACGCCAACGUGUACAUCCUCGCGACGCGCUGCAACUACCCCGCCGCCGCCGACGCAGCAGUAGCCGCGACGGAGGACCGCGCCGCCGACAUCAUCGACUGCUUCACCGACGCCGGGUGCACCUUUGACCAUCACGUCGCGCUGUUCGAUCUCCUGUCGCUCGUCGCGGCCACCCGCCUCGCGUGUGGUGGCUGGGGCACCGCUGCUGCUCAACAACAAGACUCUGACUCUGCCACUUCAAGUGCCACUUCAAGUGCCACUUCAAGUGCCACCUCGGAAUCAACAGAGGGAGGCGGGGAGGAAGAUGGCCGGGCGGGUCUCCGCGCCAUGGUCUCGGCCGCGUGCGCCACGCUGGCCCCGCUGCUCGCCGAGCUACCCACGCUCCGGACUGAGGUGUUCGAGGACGCUGAGUUUGCGGCGCUGUGGGAGGGCGUCGGCCGUGAUGGGCUGGCGCCAGACUGGCUCACGCCUAUGGUGAGGGACAGAAUACGGAGGGUCGUUGAGGGUCGUGAUAUUGUGGCGGUAUAUCCUGAAUCCGGGUGA